AUGCCACGUUUUUCACCUUAUUUGAUAGUGUUUCUUGUUGGAAAUGUUGUGGCUAGAGGUGGGUUUUUUUUAGGAGAGCACACGAUUGUCCGAGUGGCUAAGCCGAUACGCCAGCAAUCAUAAGGUGUCGGGAUCGGUUUCGCUCACAGCGAAGCAAUUUUUUUUCAAAUUUUGAUAGUUUAACAAAAAAGUGCAUGAGACCAGGGCUCUGCUAAAUUUUUUAGGGCUGCUUGGGUUCAGGAAUUUUUUUCAGCAUGCACUUUAAUUUUAAUCACAAACUUUUCAGAAGUUCCAAUUUAUCUAGGGAUAUUUUUUGAGCUACUGUAGAAUUUUUAACCUUAAUUUUUAGGUUCCCCUAAAUUUUGUAGAUCAAAAAUCGAUAAUUUCACGUGGCGCUCAUAGGAAUCGAAAACUUUUGCUAAAAAAAUACUUUUGUUAAUUUUUUUCCACACUUCAACGAAAAUUUGCAUGAAAAUGUGCAUUUUUUCAGCACAAUUUUGAAAAUCAAAAGAAUCACGAGACUUUAAUUUUCAUAAAUUUCGGAAUCACAAAUUUUUCAGAAUUUCAAAUUUAUCUAAGGGCAUUUCUAGAGCUACUGUAGAAUUUUAAACCUUAAUUUUCAGUUUUCAAAUUUUGUAGAUAAAAAAAUCACCACGUGGCUUUUCUAGGGUUACUGUAGAUAUUUUUCUAGGGUUACUGUAGAUUUUUCUAGGGUUACUGUAGAUAUUUUGAUGUAAAAUUUUUUUUUCCUAAUUUCUGUAGAUUCCACGUGGCUUCAGGUUCAUUCCGAAUCUCAGGCAAAAAUUUAAUAAAUACAAAAGUGGUCACCUGGAUUUUUUUCUGCAAAUUAUUGAAUUUUUUACAGCUAGAUUUUUUAUUAAUUUAUUCGGACGCUGAAAAUUUAGCUCUGAAAUUUUGUCAUCGAAAUUUUGUGGUCAAACUUCACAUUUUCCGAAAAAUCCCGAAAACCGGUUUCCCAUUGCAAAAAAUGAUGAUGACAAAUAUGAUCUUUGUCACUUUGCAAUAGAAAACCUACAGUACCCCCCAAAAAAAAUCAAUAAUUUUUCCAGCUCCCUUCAUUCGUGAUCGGCCUCGUGGUCUCGGUCUCCUUCAACUACCCACCGGAAUGACCGAUGAGCGUUCGGGUCCAUUUUUUCCCGGAUUGUAUAUUGCGGGAGAUAAAGCGGGGCAGAAACCGCAAACUGUUCCCGAUGUUUCGCUGCCCGGACAAACUGCCACGUUUUCUGGAAGGUAGGUGAGAAGAAGCCUUGAAAAGCCUUUAGGAGCCUUGAGAAGUCUUUAGAAGCCUUGAGAAGCCUUUAGAAGCCUUGAGAAGCCUCCAGAAGCCAUCAGAAGCCUUCAGAAUCUUUCAGAAUCCUUGAGAAUCUUUGAGAAUCCUUCAAAAUGCUUUAGAACUCUUUAGAAUCCUCCAGAAGCCUUCAGAAGCCCACAGAAGCCUUUAGAGGCCCUGAGAAGUCCUCAGAAGCCUUUAAAAGCGUUGAGAAGCCUCGAGGAGCCUUGGGAAGCCUUGAGAAGCCUUGAAAAGCCUUGAGAAGCCCUCAGAAGCCUUCAGAAGCCUCGAGAAGCUUUUAGAACCCUUUAGAAGCCUUGAGAAGCCCUUCGAAGCCCUUAGACGCUCCCAGAAGCCCCCAGAAGCCGUCAGAAGACUUCAGAAGCCUUGAGAAGCCUUGAGAAGCCUUUAGAAGCCCUCAGAAGCCCCUAGAAGCCUUGAGAAGCCUUGAGAAGCCCUUAGAAGCCCUCAGAAUCCUCUAGAAGCCCACAGAAGCCCUCAGAAACCCCCAGAAGCCUCCAAAAAAUUCAGAUUUUCAGAUCCGCUUUCAAUCCGUUCACUCACAUGGUGUCAGCAGUUUUCACCGAAGAUUUGGUCGACGGCUGGGGAACCGGUAUGGCAAUUAAUGUGAGUUGCCCUAACUUCCCCUCAAAAAUUCUCCAAUUUUUCCUUUUUUUUUUUCUUUACAGGGUGUCAAUAAUCACGGCUUGAAUGUUCGCAAGAAUUUCGACGCUUUCGCUGACGCACCCCUGGCUACAAGUGACGGAAUGUAUCAACCAUUCAUAACUGCCGCAACAAUCGGUGGCGAAUAUGAUUUGUCGAAAAUUCGAGAAGUGUCGGGGAAUUUCAACCUACCGCUCCCUGGCAUCAAUGAACUUUUUGACUUUGACGGAAGAUUCAUGGUUAAAGGUAACUUGGGUUUUUUUCCCGGACAAAAAAACGUGAUUUUUUGUGAUUUUUCCAGGAUUUGGAAAUGGUAUUCUGAACAGUGCGAUGGAAUUCCCAUUAUCUCUAACAGAUCCGAAUGAGCGGGCACCGUACACUUUCAAAUAUUUGAAUUUCAUGGCUGAUCGACAUAUGCAUUAUGGACAUGUUGUUCCGAAUAUUAAUUUGUUUGUGGUUGGGAAGGAUAAGAUUAUGGAUCGACUUACGCAAAAUCGAUUGAAUCCGACGAUGAUUGGUUGA